AAUUUCUAUUUUGCGGGAUGCAAAUAACGAAUGGAAAUGUAAAAGAGAUCUAAUAGAUGGCAAUAUAAAGAUAGAAAAGGAAAGAUUAAAGAACACAAUAGAAGAACUGAACACUAAAAAAGAAGAAUUAAGCGAAGAGUUAAAAGAAAAAUCAUUUAAAGUUAAUAAUUUAGAAGAAGAAUUAAAGGUAUAUAAUAACGAAAAAGCCACUCUAGAAAAAGAGAAGUGUUUGUACAAAGCAUUGUUGGUUGAAUUAGAAAAAGACAAAGAUAAUUUGAUCAGUGAUAAUAAAAAAUUGGAAAGUGAGAAACAAGAGUUACUUGAUGGAAGAAGUAACUUAGAAUCAAACUUAAUUAAAUUGAAAACUAACUUUGAUGAAUUGAAACACAAUUUAGUGAUACUUGAUGAAGAAAAAACUGAAAUGAUUAAUGAACUAGAAAGAACUAAGUCCUGUAUGAAUACUUAUAAUGACUUAAACACGCAAUUAAAACAGGAAUUAGAAAAGCUGGAAAUUGAAAAAGGUGAUCUGAUUGAAGAGAAAAAUUUGAUUUUGUUAAAAAUAGCCGAUAUUGAAAAUGAAAAGCUUAUAUUAGAAAAUGAAGUGAUACCAACAUUGAAAGAAGAAAAUUUACGAUUGACGAAAUUAGUCGAUGAAGAUAAAACGGUUAUAACAAACUUAAAGGAACUAAUGAAAGAGAAAUCUGAACAAAAUGAUAAACUGUCUCAAGAUAACGACGCGGAGAAAGUGACUCUUACGAAUAAAUGCCAAGUUUUGGAAGAAAAUCUUACGCAAGCCGAAUUAAAUCUUGAUAAAAGAAACGCUGAAAUAAAUGAAUUAAAAAAACAACUAGAAAUAUGUAUAUCUGACGCAAAACAACGUGAAACUGAAUUACAAGAAAAUAAUAAAACAUUACUUGAACAAUAUGAAGAAAAAGAGAUGAAAAUACAUAAAUUAAUACAAGAUUUAAAAGAAGAAAGAGCGACAAUGUCAAGAUGUGAACAAGAACUGCAAAGUAAAGAAAUUAGAGUCUUAGAACUUAAACAAAGGUUGAAUAUGGCUGAAACUGAGAAUAGAGAAGUUGCACAAAACGAAAAAUUGCAUUUUACAGAAAUUCUUAAGAGAAAAGAUGAAGAAUGUGAAUUAUUGAGAAACGAGAAUAAUGAAUGGAAAAUUAAAAUGGACGCUUUAGAAGUUGAAUUUAAAGAUGAAAAGAAUUCUCUACAAGAUGAACUACAAACGCAAAUCACGAACAAUGAACAAUUAGCUAAACAUCUGGAACUGACACUCCAACAAUCAAAUGAACUUAAUAACAAACUAUUUACUUAUAAUAAUGAAAUAACGGAAUUAAAAAAAGAAAUUAAUGACAUUAAAAAUGAAAAAGAUAAAAUUUUAAGCGACAAUAAUUUACUUAUUCAAGAGAAUAAUAAAAAUAUUGUAAAAUUAAAUGAAGUACAAAAAGAUUUUGACGUUCUACAAAAUGAAUUGACUCUAAUUAAAAAAGAUAAUGUGCAAUUGAAAAGCACUGUAGUUACUUAUGAAACAGAGAUUACAAAUUUGGAAAAGGUAAUUCAAAAAGUAAUGAAACAAAAUGAUCUGUUCAAAGAAAAUAUUGAUAAUUUAGAUAUUGACGACAAAUGUAGAGUUCUACAAGAAUAUAUUAUAAAAAUAGAACAAGUAUUAGAACAACGACGAACAGAAAUAAAUGCAUUAAAAGAGGAAAUUAAGAUUGUGACAUCUGAAGCCAAAGUACAUGAAACUGAUUUGAAACAGAAGAACGAAAUGUUGACAAAGAAUUUAGAGGAAAAGGACGAUGUUAUUUUAAAAAUUAAUCAAGAAUUAGCCAAAGAAAAAAUACUUAAUUGUGAAUAUCAAAAACAAGUGCAGUUACAUCAAUACGAUAUCAGUGAAUUGGAGAAGAAAUUGAGCAAGUUGAAAGAUGGUGUCGAUAGGAAUUGGGAAAUUGAUACAAGUGACGUCGACAGAAUUGGAAAGUGUGAUGAGGUAGAGGCGCGUGGCCCCGCGCUCCAGCCUCACCCCGACACACAGGUACAUAGCUCAUCAUCCGACACUCAUUCCAACACAGAGAAGAACAAAAUCAUUUCAGAUCUAGAGAGAAUACUGAAUGACAAAAAUAGAACAAUUAGUAAUCUUAAUAGUGAUAUAACUUACUUGAAGUCGAUGAUGGCCGAGUCGGAAAGCGAAGUGCUGGACAAGAACAAGGAGCUGGAGUCGAGCAGAGAGAACUGCCAGCAACUCUCGCUUCAGCUCAAGAAAAUCGUGCACCAAAAGAAUGAGGAAAUUAUGGAUCUGAAGAGGCAGAUCACCAAGAUGAGCCUCACGGAGAAUCGCGCCUCGCAGAUAAUCAAAGUGUCCGCCAGGUACCAGGAGAUCAUACAAAAGAGGAUCGCAGAAAUUAAAUCCGAUACGGUGCUAAAAGAGUUGACGAACUACGGCAACGCGACCAACGGCGACCUCAAGCGCAGCUUGAACUCGGGCUCCAUCACCAUGGAGGACCUCGAGAACUUCCUGGAGACGACCGACAGGCACCUGCGCCGCUGCGCAGAGAAGCGCGCCGCGCUGCAGAAGGAGCGGGACAGACUGCUCGAGGUCAACAGGAUAAACGAGUCCGACGUUAUCAACAUAAAGAAGUUCCUCACCGAGCUUUCCGUCAGCGUGAAGACGUUCAAUUCCUACAAGGAGAUGUAUUCGCAAAAGCUAAGCAGGGUCAUUCUCCUGCAAAGGACGGUGAGGCGAGAGAUACUGAAGGUGGAGGAGCGGCUGUGCGAGGAGGCGAGGUGCAAGCUGGAGCGCACGUACGCGGCCGUGAUGCAGGACCUGGUGGAGUGCGCCCUCAACCUGGAGCGCUGGGUGGAGCGCUGCGUCGCGCGCGCCUUCUCCUCGGAGAAGAUGAAGCAGGCCUUCAUGAGCGACCUCGACCGCGCCUCUCUCGCCUCCGCCUCCUUCCAGAGCGCCGCGCUCGAGGCGCAAAUAGACGAGCUGGAGAACUCCUUCCAGAAGGUCUUGGAGGAGGUGGCCCGCGCGUUGAAGGGCGACGGUGGGGCCGGGGGGCGGCGCGCGGUGGGGGGCGGGGGCACGGUGGCGGAGGUGCGCGCAGAGUACGAGGACAAGCUGACUCGGAUGAAGGCGAAAAUGAAAGAGUUGUACAGCCAAGAGAUCGAGGUGUUCAAGGAGCGGCAGCGGCGCGAGGUGGAGGCGCUGGAGCGCGAGUUGUCGGCAACGCGAGCGCGCCUCGCGGAGACCAGCGGCGCGUACGAGGAGCACAUCCGCGGCCUCACCAGCGAGAUGUGGCGGCUUGGCGAGCGCCUGGUCGAGCGCGACGAGGACCGCCCCCGCGCCCUGCGCGCACCCUCACUCAUGUCCCUGCAGCAGAUGCCUUCGUCCGGUGCGGCGACGCACGCGGAGGAUCGCAGCCGAGCUUCAGAUACGCAUUCCUUGAGAUCUCUUCCUGUAAAUAUUAAUAACAAGAAAAAAGAGGGUCGCGGCUUGCACAUGUCCGAUGAGGAGGGCGAGGUGUUCGACAACCGGUACCUGCGGGAGCUGCGGUCCCCGGGGGAGGCGGCGCGCGGCGGAGGGGUGGGGCGGGCGAGCGAGCUGGCCACGCCCCGCGGCCGCGGAGACCCCGUCCACCGCCUCUCCGAGCUGCGCUGGCGCAACUCGCUCUGCCUGCCGCAUCUCAAGAGCUCGUACCCCGCUGAGACGCAGUUCGUAGCGGCACACGAAGACGAUAUUAAAGCUGUUCCCGCCAACGCGACAGUCGGCGGGCGUCAGCAGCGCAAGGAGGUGGGCAUCACGGCGUACAAGAAGCCCGGCCCGCCCACACCCAGCAAGCAGGCCGGCCGCCUCUCCGCCACGGACUGUGAGCUGCGAGAGUCGCUGCGCGUGGAGGCGGAGCCGCAUGGUGCGGGGGGCGGGGCGCAGGCUGGGCGACGCACGGCCACGCCCUCGCGACUGCGCGCCCUCUUCACCUCCAACAGGAGCGACGCCGUCGACGGCACCCCUCGCAGUAGAAGAUUGAGUAAUUUCUUCAGGAAAAAAUAACGAUUCAUCGCCACCGUCUUGUCCGUAUUAUUAAUUGUUAAUUAAAUUAUACCUA